AUGGAGCCAUGGGAAGAAGCGCUUGACUUGGACGAUUCCGACAUCCCCUCCCUCCUCCGCCCUUGCAAGCGCCACCACCGCCAGACCUCCAUUUCUGCCGCCGCAACCACAACCUCCACCUCGCUAUCCCAACCAACCCUCCGACCCUGCUCUAACCGUCCCCAAACCCUAGUAAUCGAAGAAGAAACAGAACAACAGCAGCACCAAGAACAGCAACGACAACAAUUCUCUCGCCCUAUUUCCCCUCAACGACGACUCAUCAUUCCUGGACCAGCCGGAGCUGUACAAUCAGCGAUGCUUCAGAAAAAUCGUGAUAGAGAGAAAGAACAUUUGUUCUCUUCUCAAACCAGUGACUCUAAUCCAAUCCCUACUCAGGAGUAUAUAAGGAGAGCCGUCGAAAAUGCUCCCGAAUUCGACGACGAUUUCAGCAGCGAUCCUUGGCUGUCAGCCCUUCAAUUCAUCGUACUGGCUGGUGUAAUUAAUUGGCAAAUUCUGUGUAUAGGCACAGUGGAUGGUGUUGUACCUAGUGUACCCUUGAAUUCUAUCCAUCAAUGUGCAAGUAAUGGCAAGGUUGAUCAGGUUGUGGCAGUCAUCAAGUCCUGCACACAAAGUAGUCUUGGCGGUUUAAUGGUCACUCUGAAGGAUCCAACAGGUACCAUUUGUGCUUCUGUUCAUCAGAAAGUCUUAAGUGAGAGCCACUUUGCAAAGGAUUUUGUUAUUGGAUCAGUGUUGAUACUUCAGAAGGUUUCCAUAUUUUCCUCUUCAAAGCUGAUGCAUUAUCUCAAUAUAAUGCCAAGGAAUCUGGUAAAGGUCGUUAACAAGGAUAAUGGCCCUCCGACAGAGAAAAGCUCUCUAGCCUAUUCUGUCAAACAUGUUGCGCCUGGUGGUGCUGGAUCACCUGAGAAGAGGUCAACUCCAGAAAAUGGAGCCUCAGGGGAGAUGACUGAUAGGAUGCAACAUAACAUUGAUGCAAGUGGGAGUUUGCACAUCAAUGAUCAAAUAGAGAGUAGAAUUGUACUUAACCAGAGUUUGACAUGCAGCAGCAGAUUGGGCUUAAAAGCUAAACUUGUAGACAAAGAACCAUCAAGUCUAAGGCAAGACGCUGCACAAGGGUUGUCUGAGGAAGCAGCAAGCAAGAGAACUGGGUACAAUGAGGAAGUGGUUUCACUUGAUAAUGAGAGAGGGCUGAAAGUUGCUGAUAUAAACGAGAGGCUACAUAAUGACGAUGUUGCGAAAAGCUUGAUGACGAACCAUGUUGUCCAAGAAAUUCAAGAAGACAACACAGUGCAGAAGCAAAGGCAACCAGUAACUUCAGCAACCCUACCGCAGUGGACUGAUGAACAGCUUGAGGAACUUUUUGCUUGUGAUGAUGAGGAUGGUGGUUCUUACAUUUGAAGGUUUUUUUGUUUUUGUCAUUUUCCUUUCUAUUUGAAGGAGAUGGGUAAAUACGCUGAGGACACGUGUAAAUAAGAAGUUUUUUGCUUAUGUUUCAGUAUAGGCUCUGUUGAUAUUCUGUCGGGUAAGCGACUGCAGUGUUCAUUACAAGAAUCGAAGGCUGAGUUCAAAAGAUAAAGGUGAAUAUCUUC